CUGCGCGCUUGCGCAAAAUACGAGGCGUAAGGGAAGGUUCUUUACCCUGGCGUUUUGGCUUCCCAGUGCCAGCCUGACGUCGGCGAGCGUCUCGUAGGGAUGGAGACGAGAGCGAGUUGCCUCAAUGUAAGCAUGGAGUAGACAGAGUUGGAUUUCAUCAAGAUUAGUGGUUUUGCAAGAAUUGAAAAUUUCACAGAAGAGGUUUUGAAGAUGAUGAUUCUUGGUGAUGGAUUGCAGGGUCAUAAACAAAAGAAGGCACACAGGACUGCAACAACUUUCCUCAUUUGCCGAAACAGGAAGGACUUUCCUAGGCCCAGUAAAAUCAUCCAAAUUUAUUAUAGAUGAAGAGUGCCAUGAAAGUGUGUUAAUUAGCUCAACAGUAAGGCUUCUUGAAAGUUUGGAUUUGACCAGUGCAGUGGGACAACUUCUCAGUGAAGCAAUUCAGGCACAAAACAACACAUACAGAACUGGAACCAGUACUCUUUUGUUUCUUGUUGGUGCAUGGAGCAGUGCUGCCGAAGAAUGUCUUCAUUUGGGUGUCCCCAUUUCAUUAAUAGUGUCUGUGAUGUCAGAAGGCUUGAAUUCAUGCAUUGAAGAGGUAGAAUCCCUUCAAGUACCUGUCCACAGUGUAUAUGACCAUAUAGACAGCACAGAAACGUUUUCUGGACUUAGUGUCAGCUUGUACCCUUCUCUACAGAUCCCUUCAGGUACUGGUUUAGUCCAGAAAGAGCAUGAUCUCAAAGAUGUUGCCUCUCAGUCACUGGCCUUUUGCAGUCUUUCUGGGAGACCUGUUAAAUCACCUCAGCUGUUUAGGCUUCAGGCUAAGUUUGAAGCAGAUGAGAACACAUCACGAACUCCUCAAACUCUGAAAAACAACCUGCUUGCAGACACCCACUGCCGAAAGUCAGUCCUAACCCACAGUAGACAUUUUAGUAGGACAGAUCAUCAUCAGUGGAUAAGCAAGUCAGGUGGAUUUCUAGAACAACUUAGUGCAGCUGCUCCAAAGACUUACAGAUGUAGUGAUCUGGCAGAGUUGGAGGUGGGUUUGAGUCACGGAGACCCCAGCAGCAUGAGGCUAGUGGACGAAGCAGUACGGCUGCAGCAUCAGAAUGCAGGCACUCAGCAAGGCAGCCGUACCGUGCUAUUCCCCUUUGACAUUUCAAGAAUCUUCACCUGCUGCUUACCGGGCUUACCUGACACUUUGUCUUGUGUCUGUCCAGGAUACAUUACCGUUGUGUCAAUGUCCAGUGCUACUCUGGUCAAGGAAUUGCAGAAUGAGCUGGUCCGUGUAGUUCUUGUUGAGGGUGACCUCACUGAGAAUUACCGCCAUCUGGGAUUUAAUAAGCCUGCAAAUAUUAAAACAGUGUCAGAAAGCGUCAAGGUUCAACAAGACAGCUCAGAAGAACUGUGGACAGAUCAUGUAUUACGGGUGUUAAUCAAGUUCAACGUGAACCUUGUCCUGGCACGAGGAAAUGUGUCUGAACACCUAGCUGAAAAAUGCACAAAUAGUAAGCGGCUGGUAAUUGGAUCGGUGCAUGACAGUGUGCUGCAGGCUUUCGCAGAGGCUUCGGGAGCAGUGCAGGUGGCCUACCUCACACACGUGAAUGAAAACUGUGUGGGCAGUGGGGUCUCUGUAACCAUGUGGAGAAGCGUUCCCUCAGACACUGUAGAUGGGGUCAGCAGAACGGCAGUCAUGUUAAAAACAGAAGGAAUUAAUUUGGUUACAGUAGUGCUGACUAGCCCAGUCACUGCCCAGAUGCAAACCAAAGAAGACAGGUUCUGGACUUGUGCCUCUCGUCUGUAUUACGCUCUGAAAGAGCAAAAGGUCUUUCUUGGAGGUGGCGCAGUUGAAAUUUUGUGUCUUGCCCAUCUUCAGUGUCUCGCGGGACAGUCUGUGAAUAAAGGAGAUCAAGACUCUUCAGGGUGGCUGCAUAACACUUCCUCUUGGCUGGCCUCAUCUGCAGCACUAUACAGACCUACGGUGCUUAAAUGCCUGGCAGAUGGAUGGCACAGUUACCUCUCAACUCUCCUGCGUAACACUGCCGUUUACUCCUCAGACUCUGAAGCUGCUACGUCCAUUCAGUGUCAUCUACAAAAUGCUGCAGACUCUGGCUCUCCUUCAUCUUACAUCUUGAAUGAAUAUAGUAAACUUAAUAGUGUAAUUUUAAAUUCAGGCAUUUCAGAUAAGCUGGAACCAAUUCCAAGAGUUUAUGACGUUGUUACACCAAAGAUUGAGGCAUGGCGCCGAGCUCUGGAUUUAGUACUGUUAGUACUUCAGACAGACAAUGAAAUUAUCACUGGACUUGCACACACACAGAAAAGUUCACAGGAAGCAGAAGGCUUUUUAUUUUUGUAAAGUUAUUGGCUAAGUCUUUGGAAAAUUGUCUUUGGUAGCAUGUCAUGCUAAUAAUA